AUGAAGCAACUCUUGAUUAGCGACAAGGGCAAGGCUCUGUGCAACCUCAUCAAAGCAGAAUAUGCAAGGAUUGGCCAACAGAUGCCUACAGAUUUGGCUUCCAAUCUGGCCUACGAUCUCAGCAAGUUCACCCGAGAAUCUGUGAUGACCGACUACGAUGCUCCCGACCAUGAUACAGUUUUCCAAGAGGUCACUGCGGAUACCAACAAACGCAGGAACUCCAAAACGCUCCUCGCGGUCACCUUCCCUCAGUGGUUCUUCCUGGCAGUUACACUAGGAGCCAACAACCCUUCGCUUGCGCCAGUCAAGGAGAUUAUGGAAACUCACUGCGGAUGUGAGUUUUCGUCCAAGGACAUCGAUUUCAACUCCCUCCCGGUGGAAAAAUAUGACGAGCUUUUCACGGAUAUCAACAUCGGAGUUGAGAACACUGAGGGGCCUUUGGAGAAGGUUCUCUCCGCGGACAGCCUUGCGGGAGCAAUCGACGAGGAGGGAGUUGACCAAGUGAGCCUUUGCGAAGUUCUGGGUGACAUUCGACAUGACAUCGCCAAUCUAGAAGAGAAGGUGAAUGACGUUGUGGACAUUGCCGACUCUUUGGCCACAGACAUCCCCGAGAUCAAGAAGAACACUGAUUGA